AUGAGAGUGAAGAAAGAUAAAUUAAUUAUCAGUUGUGAAAGAGGAAGAAAUUACAAGAAGAAGGUUGUGGUUGCAGGGAAUUAUACUAUGAAAAUGAAAUGUCCAUUUAUAAUGAGAUCAAUGCCAAGUGGAAGCGGUUGGAAAGUUAUGGUCAAGUGUGGGUUUCACAGUCAUAUACUAGCUAAUGACUUAAAUGGAAAUGACAUAUUAGUUCGUUUAAAAGAUCAUGAAAGAAAUUUUAUAAAUGACAUGACCAAAUACAAUAUGGCUCAUAAAUACAUAGUUGAUGCUUUGAAAGAUACAGAUCCAAAAAACCUAACGAGCAUUACCCAAGUCUAUAAGGCUGGAUCUGCAUACAAUGAGAGCAAGAGGGGUUCAUUGACUAAAAUACAACACCUUCAGAGUCUUAUUCAUGAAGAUAAAUACAUGUAUUGGACAAGAAACAUGAACUCUUUCAAUGUUAUUGCUGAUAUCUUUUUGACGCACCUUGAUUCAGUGAAGUUAUUGAAAAUCUAA